CUCCCCAAUUUCAUUUUAUCAAAUAUUUUCGUCUGCUGUUGGUGAUGUUGACAGAUGAAUGAAGUACAAUUGCAUGCGCCAACAAUUACCCGUGCUAUGUUAUUUCUCUUGUAGUUUAAAUUGGGAAAAUAUUCUUUCAAAAUGCCUGUUAGGUUACGACGUACGAAAAGUAUAAGCUUAGCUCAAGUUGAAGGUGAAAAUCUAAAAGAACGGCGACUGAGAGCUACUUUGCCGGACCAACCUAUUCACAAGCAACGAGACUCUUUGUUGAGUUCAUCUAGUGGCUAUACCAAUUAUAGAGGUUUUUUAAACUUGUGUAUCAUUCUUUUGGUACUUUCAAAUGCUAGACUCGUAUUGGAAAAUAUAAUGAAGUAUGGGAUACUAGUUGAUCCUAUUCAGUGGGCAAAUCUUUUUAUAAACAAUCCUACUGAAUCACCUUCUGUCCUUCUAUUAUUUAGUUUACUUAUUUUUCCAUUGUCAUCACUUGGUAUUGAAAAAUUACUUGCAAAUGGCUUCAUUGGAGAAAUGUUUGGUUUCAUGCUAGUAGUUAUUCUUUUAAUCAUUGAAUUAACUGCACCACCUGUCAUUGUCUACCUUACAAACUGUCAAGCAGUUGCAGCCUCAAUUGUACUGGGAUAUGUCAGUGUGGUUUUUUUAAAACUAGUGUCAUAUCAUAUGGUUAACUUUUGGUGUAGAGAAAGUCUUUCAAAAAAAGUCAUACCAGACAAACGUAUUCGCAGACGUAGUGUUUCAUCUGACAGACAACGAAAGGGUCAUGUGAUAGCAAAUGGGGAUCUCGCAAGUAGUAUUGUUACAUAUCCUGAUAACUUGACUUUAAAGGAUAUGAUGUACUAUCUGUUUGCUCCAACUUUAUGUUAUGAACUGAAUUUCCCACGAUCUUCUCGCAUUAGGAAGAGGUUUCUUGUUAAACGAGUUUUAGAAAUGGUUUUCUUGAUUCAAAUUAUUUUAUGUUUGCUGCAACAGUGGGUAGUACCAACAAUCAACAACUCAUUUAAGCCUUUACAAGAAAUGGACUACUUUCGAAUGAUUGAAAGAUUACUAAAACUAGCUAUCCCAAAUCAUUUUAUUUGGCUUUUAUUAUUUUAUUGGCUGUUUCACUCUUCCUUAAAUGUAGUUGCAGAAAUAUUAAAGUUUGGAGACAGACAUUUUUAUAAUGAUUGGUGGAAUUCUGAAACUGUUGACUACUUUUGGCAAAACUGGAAUAUUCCUGUACAUAAGUGGUGUGUCAGACAUCUAUAUAAACCAAUGUUAAGAUUUGGUUUUACCAGGAGGCAAGCUGCAAUUGCUGUGUUUUUUGUGUCUGCUUUCUUUCAUGAGUAUCUGGUGAGUGUUCCUUUAAAGAUGUUUAAGCUUUGGGCUUUCUUUGGUAUGCUUGCUCAACUGCCUUUCUCAAUAGUUGUUGAAAAAUAUUUCCAUAAUCAGUAUGGUAACGUGGCUGUUUGGAUUUCUUUACUUAUUGGCCAGCCGCUUUGCAUUCUUAUGUACUACCAUGAUUAUUAUGUGAUAAAUUUUAAAACUGCUGACGUUUGAUUAUGUUGUAGUACACAAGGUUGUGGAAUAAUUCAAAACAGAGCUCUAUAUUUUUAUAUGAAUGAAUUAUUGAUUUUAUGAUGUAACUAAUGUGAUAACACUAAUUAAAAUAGUUUUGAUACAAUUUUAUAACAGUUUAAUGAAUUGUUAAAUAGUUGCAAGUAAUUCUGAUUUUUAUCUCCUUUUUUAAAAAUCUUUCCUAUUAUGUGCUCAAAUAUUGUUCAAAUAAAUUUUUAUUAUAAUCAAUACUAUUUAAAGUUAAAUGAGAAGAAAUUUUAAAGUCACUUAUGUGAAUUUAUCUAAAUUGUAAAAGAUUAUAUCCUGUGUUAGGUGCUCAAAUAUUAUUCAAAUAAAUUUGUAUUUCAAUUAAUUUAUAAAGUUAAAUAUGAAGGUAAAUCACUAAUGUGAAUAUAUCUUUUUAUAAAUAUAUCUUAAGUGUUAAUAUAUUUUAAUAAUUUUGUCUUGCAAUUAAUGUAUAAAGUUAGGCAUAUUGAAAUUUUUUUAAAAAUUCAUUUAUGUCUUGAUUGCUAUCUUAUGUCAUAUGCAUAUUUUCGCACAUUUUGUUGUAUCAUACCCAUUAUCAUGUAUCUUAGACCAAAGAUGAGUAUCAUCUAAACAUAAUGAACUUUGUAUUUUAAUUUUUCAAAUUCUGUCAUUUUCCUUGUAAAUCAGUUUGUCAAUUGUGUAUUUGUAUUGUUUUGUUUUCAUUUUUUUUCUUUAGUAUGACUAUUUAGGAAAUUUAAUAUUGAGCUAAUAUUUAAUGGGUUACAAGAAAAAUAUUUCUUUAAAACAGUUUAUGAAAAGGUCGGUUUCUUAAAUGCUUGAGUUUCUGAUUCGACCUUUCUAUCUUGACUAUGACUUUCUAUUAACUAUUUCUAUUGAGUUUUAUUUGUAAAUUUAUCUCCAAUUUGAUAUUUUAUUUAAUAGAUACAUUCUAAACAACUAUUGUAUUUAAUAAGUUAAUAGUUUCAUCAUAAAAAUGUUUUAAAAUAGCUUUAGAAUAUAAUGUUCACAUGUUUGGAAUUAGAAUCAACAUCUUUAUUUAUCUACAAAUGCUUGAGCUUCUCCUUCAAUAUUUUAGUUUUAUUUGUGCUUAAUUUUUCUUAGUAUGAUUUGAAUUUCAGCAGUUCAUGUAAUAUGCUGGAGAAAUUUUAGGUACGUUUAAUCAUGUUUAUACAACUGCACUUAUUGACUAAUGCGCAAAUGUUUGAGCUUCUGUUUCAAUAGUUAUCUUUUAACUGUUUUAUUUUCUUUAUUAUUACUUAUCUAAUUAUCUUCAUUAUAUUUGUAGUUCCUAUAUUAAGAUUUCUUUCAGACUAUCAUGCAAACAUUUAGCUAACUUUCCAGAAGUAAGUCUGAUAAGUUGAGUGUAAUUAAAAACUAUCAAAUUAAUUUAAGAUUAUAUAUAUUUCUGUGGCAUCAAAUGUAUUCAGUUUGAAAUAUUGAUCAGUAUUUCUAAUUGGUAUUUUAUUCCUGAGGCAUAAUUUGUCAUAAUGACUGCACUAUAUUAAACUGUUUUCAUAAAAGAAAAUUUUUUGUUGCAAUAUUGCUCAUUGUCAAUUCCAUUAAUUAAAAGUUAUGACUAAUACAUUCCAGUAUUUGCUCAUUACCUUUGUGUAUAUUUCUGUUUUUCUAUAUUUACUAAAUGUUUCUUUUGAUGUUGUAGUUGUAAUUCCUCCAUCCCUUUCUAGAAAGUUUUUCUUUUGAACAUUCAUAGUUUAUUACUGUAGUUCCUAAAAUAUUUUUUGUAAUGUUUUUAAAAUUUGCAUUUGUUUGUACUUAAUUUCUCAUUAGUAUACUUUUUUUCUGCAUUUUUUGAAAAUAUGCAAAGUUAAAUUGGAGUAGUUUUUUUUAUAUUUAGUUUAUGAGUAUAUUUCACUAACAAAGUAUUAGAUGUGUUAUAGUAUGUUUAAAAUCAACAAUAGUACAAAAAAAGAAAACUUGAAAUUUUUUGCAUUAAUUUUAGUAUAAUUUUUAAAAUACGCUAUAUUAAUAUUUACAUUUUUUUUUAAAAUUUUAUAUAAAUUUUGGUAGGAGUAAAAUUUUUAUAUCUAAUAAAAUUAGCAAAUCCUUAUUAAUAGCAAUAAAAUUAGCAAAUCCUUAUUUUUUUCCUUAAUUCAUAUUUGACUACGGUUUUUUUUGUCGCUUUAAAGUAGACUGAAUCAAAAAUAUUUAAGUUAGUGUUAAUAAAUAGCUUAUUAUCUGGUUAGUUAUGAAAAAUUUUCAGAUUUUUGUGCAUUUAUUAUAUCUUUAUCAUACCUGUUAAUCUUAUUCUUGAAUUUCAUCUUCGAAGUGAUAAAUCAUUUAUAUAUUUGAUAAUAGAAUUUAUGUGAUAUAUAUAUAUAUAUAUUUCAGGAAUUAUGUUGAAACUUCUCUAAUUUGUAAAUGUGAUUUUGUGUAGUCUUUUUGGGUGAUAAAUGUGCCAAAUUGUUGAAUUUUUGUAUUCUAACAUAAUGUAAAAACGUUCAAUUUUUAUAGGAUUUUUCAAUUUGAAUAUCACUUAUGUAUCUUUAAUGACAUCCAUUUAUAAAUUUUGUAAAAUUUUUAGGCUCAAAAUAAAAUUUUAAAGCAUAUACUUUGUUUACAUAUGUGCUUUACAUUCAUUGUAUGUAAAUAUAUUUUUAUAAUCUGCAUAAAAUAUAUUUUUUAAGUAAAGUAAAAUCAUUUUUUAUGUGGAAAAUCAUUUUUUACCUUCUUAUAAAUUGUAUUUAAAAAAUUUUGUCAAAUAAACUAUAUAUUCUUAAAAUUUUAA